GUUUCUAAAACUCUACAAAAGUCUCCGUCUAGCCUAAUGGAAGAGUCUCAUUUGUGUUCUACGUUUUACCCAGGCAGAUCUCCGGCAAAUAUCUCACCUCCGGUGUCGAUCUCUGCUAAGCAGCACCCAUGGACAUAGACCCCCCAGUACCACCAUCUUCAGCUCCCAAGAAGCCGAAAUUCACCCCCAAAGCACCGUCUCGCAGGAAAACCGGUCGCCUUUUGCCUAAAAAUGACGAUGAUGUUGAAGCCGAUCCAGAACUACUCCGCAAACUCCAUGAACGCCAUGGCACACGAAAGCCUAAACUCGAAAAAAAUUCAUCAGGCAAUGUUACAACAUCACAUGGAGCUGGAUCAUCAUCAUCAUCAACAUCAACAACCCCGUUGAGACCGAUAGAUGGGAGCAGUAAAAUCAUCCCGGAUUUUAGAGAUAAUGUUCAUAAAAACAUCACAAUUGGUAAACAAGAUGGAGAUGUUGAUGACAUGUUGAUAGAUAAUAAAUUUAAAUCCUCAAGCAAGACCAAAAAGAAGUAUAGAGAACGAUGGGAUCCCCAUUCAUACUAUCCCAUCACUCUUCCUUGGAGACCCCUUGGCUCUGGAGAUCCAGAGAUUCUUAAUGAACAAGAAUUUGGAGAAGAAAAGGAAUAUGAUGAAAACAAAAUCAACUCCGCCUCUGAACUUGGACUGUUGGAGAAAAAUGAUGAUGAAAAAAAGAUGAUCCUGUUCAAGUUCCCUCAAAAACUCCCCUUAGAUAACAAGCAAUCAAAACGAGUUCCAAUUACCACAAAGGGCAAAGAGAAAGAAGAUGCUUCAAACAAAUUUGUUUCUGGAGGUUUCAAUGAGUUGCCAAAUGGACACAUAGGAAAGUUGCUGGUUUACAAAAGUGGAGCAAUCAAGCUCAAGCUUGGUGACAUCAUCUUCGAUGUUUCAUCCGGUGUACUUGAUGAAUGUGCUCAAGAUGUUGCAUUGAUGAAUGUUAAAAGCAAGGAUUGUUGUGUGGUUGGACAAGUUGAUAAACAAGCCGUUAUAGUUCCUGAUUUGGAUUCCAUCUUGGACAACAUUGCCAAGCAGUAAAUGCUACAGAAGGGCGUUAUGGCAAUCUUAUCACUUGUUGGCUCUGCUUACAACUACAAUCAGAAGUACCAUAACUGAAAGCAAGAAAGAACUUGUUAGUUUUUUCUCAAAGGAUUCUUCCAUGGCUGCAUCUUCAUCUGUGGCCUUCUUCUUGUCGUUUCUUGGAGACUGGAACAAGCUGUUCAUCAUCUCCGUGAUUUUCUCAAAUAUUUCCAUGGCUUUUGCCUUGAUGUUGAUAAAGAUCCAAUUUAGAAUACCAGAAACUGGAAAUGAGUCAUCACAACCUUCAAUCUCCCCUGGAAUACUCUUGUUGGCUGCAAAUACUGAAUCUCUAAGCUCACGAACCACCUCAUUGUUCAUAACAGCGUCCCAAACGGAAUUAUCAGAUGCCAACGAAAUCACCAUUCUCUAAACGAAGGCUCAGUUUGUAGUAAAUGAAAAGCAUCAUAAACACUUUCAUAACCAGGAGACUGUAGCAUCAUACUUCUUGAGGGCUCAAUCCAUUCCAACUCCGGAGGAUCGAUAACCCUAUUGAAGAGAAGAGACCGCAUCAUGAACUUCAUCCAUGGAUGGAACAGUACAAAAAACAUAAUCAUCAUAAAAUCCAUUUACACCAUCAUAUUCCUCACCGGUCGUCGGAGAUAUUGAGUUGGCCCUGUUCCUGUUAAGCUGGUUCGCGGAGGAGGAAGAAUAGGUAUUGGAAUUAUAAUCAGAUGAGGAAGGUUUAUAACUGGGUCUUGAUGUGGGAGAGGUGGUGGUGUUGCUGCUAUAGUGUGUGGUGGCGCAGCGAGAAAAGGAUUCUUGGGAUGAGCCACAGCCACCGGUGCCGGCCGAAACGGCUUUGUGAAACGUCUUCAUUAUCCCUCCGCCGCCGCCACCUCCGCCCAUUGGUCCGCCAGCUCCCUGCCCGAAUGAUCUCCACAUAU